CCUCCUUCCCUCCGGCCCGCCACCUGUCCAUCCAUCCGUCCGCCCCUCCUGGCCCAGCCAUCCAUCCUGGUCCUUGCCGUUCCCCCGGAUCUGGGCCUGGAAACCCCGCCUGCCCUCCUCCCUUCUGCUCCUGGAAUCGCUGCAGGGCCCGCCCAGCCCAUGGUCACGGUCACGGUCACAGCCACGGCCACAGAGGGAGCCCGGCGGCAGCGGCCAGCUCGAGGAUGGAGCCCGAGGAGGCUGCCCAGCUGGAAAGACAGCACGUGCAUGAAGUCUACAAAAGCACAGCGGCCUAUUUCAGCGACCUUCAAGGCAAAGCCUGGCCCCGGGUCCGACAGUUCCUCUUGGAGCAGAAACCUGGCAGCCUCGUGGCAGACAUAGGAUGUGGGACUGGGAAGUAUCUCCGCGUCAACAACCAGGUGUACAAGCUGGGCUGUGACUACUGCGGGCCCCUGGUGGACAUCGCGCACAGCAGGGGAUGUGAGGUCCUGGUGUGCGACAACCUGCGCUUGCCCUUCAGAGAAUGCAGCUUCGACGCCAUCAUCUCCAUCGGCGUCAUCCACCACUUUUCAACAAUGCAGAGGAGGGCCCGAGCCAUCCAGGAAAUGGCCCGGGUGCUGGCCCCUGGAGGACGCAUCAUGAUCUAUGUCUGGGCCAUGGAGAAGAACCACCGGCACUUUGACAAGCAGGAUGUCUUCAUUCCCUGGAACCCUGCCCUGUGCUCCCAGCUCCUGGCAGAACCCGCUCACCCAGGAAGGAAGCACUUGUGUGGACAGCCCAGAGCUGCCCCUGGGCCUCCCCACCACCUGCCGUGCUCUGUCUGUGGCUACCCGGCGUGUCUUCAGAGGAGGCAGGAAGCCCGGCGGUCCCACAGUCUGGAUGGUUCUGGGACUCCUGGCUGCUGUGGGAAGCUGGUAGAGGUGAGGGACGAGGACAGUGGUUUCUACAGCAUUUUAGGGAGGUCAUUCCGCUCCUGGUUUUUCUCCCGAUCCUUGGAUGAAUGCACUCUGAAGAAGCAGGUGGAGAAGGCUGGGCCUGCCACAGGGGAGUGGGCUCCCUGUCACCCCGUGUCUGUCCAGCCCUUGAAACUCCAUCCAGAGCCAUUGUCGACAGAACAAGAUGGCGCCACUGACCCUGGCCCACAGCAGCAAUCGGGUGUACGGAGGCCCCUACCCAGAGAGUCCCACGAAGACACUCAGAGCCAGCAGCAAGGGGGCUGCUUUCUCAGGCAAUCUACAGUGGAGCUGAGCUUCAGGUCAGCCUGCCCUGGGGGGCCGGCUGAGGUGGCAGCAAGCCGGCUCUGGAAAAGGACCUCCCUCCCCCCUCCCUCCAUCAGCCUGGCAGCCGCUGUGCCCAGCGGAGCAACCCGGGCUGAGGCAUCAGGCUCCGGAGCCUUCACCCGUUACUACCACGUGUUCCGAGAAGGGGAACUGUGCCACUUGCUGGAGCACCACGUGCCGGAGCUCCAUGUCCUCAGUGCCAUUAAUGACCAUGGCAACUGGUGCAUUGUUGCCGAGAAGAAGCCGGGGUUGGCUGCCUGCUGACAGGCCCUCUUGGAAAAGUAACUCACAGGCAGAUGGAAGCUGGCCUGCUGCUUCCUUCAGUGGCAGGCACGCGGGCUCACCCGGCUCACCCAGGUGGCUCCUGGGAAGGCUGGCAAUGCAAGGAGGUGUCAUUGCAGAGGCCUUGGCAGGGCUAGCUGCGGGGCAGGGGAGGAGACUCCCGAAGAAGAACCAUUGGCCUCUGUCCUCUGUUUGGCAGCUCAUUUCUGUUCUCAGAGGGAAGUAUUCCCUUUAAGAACCAGCAUCUUCAUUCACCAUCAGCAUCUCUUUUUAAAAUCAGGAUUUCUUCCCCGAGGACACCUUAGGUCCUUUAACAACUUCCCGCCAGAGCUGCACCAGGAACCGCAGAGAUGGGACUAGAGGCUGUACCCUGCUAGGCUGUGGAGGGAGGUAUAGCACAUGCCCAAGUGUGGGGACAGUGGAGGGGAGACUUGUUGUCCUGCAAGAUACCCCAGCAGGAGCUAGGAAGUCCUUUGGAGACUGGAGUCCUUGGUAUUUAGGGCCAAUGCCCAAUAUUACAGAAGGGUUUUCUUGAAAGCAUUCAGACUUUUAUUAUUACUUUUGAUUUUUAAAACUACAUCUUUAUUUCCAAAUCUCUCUGUUCCUCCUCCACCACUCAGUCUUCCAUCUUUUAUAGGAAAGAGUAAAAAAGAAGAAAAGAAAUCCCAAAUCCCAACCAACACAUCAUCCAUAGCCCCUCACCUGCACACAGAUGGAGGGAGGAAAGUGCUUGUUCAUUACAAUUGCACAGGGUUCACUUUGGGGCUGGUUCUUGCCAGCUCCAUGUUCACAGUCCUUGGGGGUGGGGGCUCUUUUUUGUGGCCCUGGUGCCCUCCCCGCUCCCUGCCUCUCCAUGCUGGGCUUUGAUUAGGGACAUGGUCUGGCAGCUUUGUCUCCUUUUUCCUCCACUCCCAGGGACACCUGCCCCAUGGGUUGAAAAGGGACUUGGUCCCUCCUCGUGUCCUUCAUGAGGAUUCAGAGGGACCUGAGCUAACAGGAGGGUAAGAAUCAGGCUAGAGUCCACCUUCAUCUGGUGGAUUACCAGUGCUGUUGGGUGGACAUGGAACUAGGCUAACUUCACAGAGAAGAUCUGGGCAUUGAACUUUCAGUGCCCUCCUGGUCAUCUGCCUCUUCCCUGACCAGAGACCAUGGUGGAGGGCAGGCACUAUCUCUGCUUUGUGUUUGUACCCCAUUGCUUGGCACAGAGAUAGUGCUUCAUAAAUGUGUUUUCAUUCAUUCAUUCAUUCAUACACACCAUUAGGGUUCCAGUGAUACUUGAUUCCAUAUAAUUUGGUGUUUGGGGCAACAUUUGUCUUAUGUUGAGAUGUUGAAGGUCUGCCUCUUUCUAGCUUGUUGGAAGGAAUGCCUUUGUUCAUUUUAUUAAAGAAAAUUCUAAGUUGUAUCUUGGAAUAAAGCUGUAACUGAGUUGAACAGAGGGAGGCAGAAUAGGCUUUGCCACCAUUGUGACCUCAGAGUUUCCCUUCCUGAGGAGAAAGUUGCCUGUCAACAAUUUGUCCUUACCCAAUGGGCCAGUGCUACCACAGAUGGCAAGACAGAGAAACUCAAGAGAACUGGAGGUCAGCCAGAGGAAAAAAAAACAGGAAUAGAAGUCUUGCUUCUGACAAGGAAUCAGACAACAGUAUUUAUUAAGCAUCUACUAUGUGCCAGGCACUGUGCUAAGUGCUAAGGAUGCAAAGAAAGAAAAAAAUAUCCCUGUUCUCAAGAAGCCCACAGUCUAACAGGGAAGACAGCAUGCCAACAACCAUGUAUAGAUCAGUGCUAUACAGGAUAAAUAGGAAAUAAUCAACAGAGGGCAGGCACUGGAGUCAGGAAGGGUUGGGGAAAGCUUCCUGUAGGAGAUGGGAUUUUAGUUGAAACUAAGGAAGCCAGGGGGUCAGUUGUCAGAAAGGAGGAGGGAGAGGGUUCCAGGCAUGGGGGUGGGCAGAGAAUGCUCAAAGCAUCUUGGUGGUGAAACAGCCAGGCGAUUGGUGUCACAGGAUAGAAGAGUGCAUGUUGCAAAGUGGGGCAUAAGAAGACUGGAAAGGUCAGGGUGGUGCGUUGAGGUUGUGAAGGGCUUGAAAGCCAGAAGACUUUCUAUCUUUGAUCCUGCAGGUAGCUCCACACAGCACCUUUCUGGUUGGAAGGGCCUGGGUGGGGAGGGGUGAGUUCUUCCCAAGACUUCCCAGAGGCUGAGGUGUUUUCCUCCUCAGCCACAAAGCUGCAUCCAUUGUGCCUUGGUCACCCUUGAAUUUUCUUUUAUGUGCUCAUGUAUGUACUGGCAAACUACUGGGAAAAAACGUGUUCCUCCCAUGGCUUCUGAGGGUAGAAUCCCUCCACUGGAAGCCAGUUAAAGAGACCUGCCAUGGAAGAAACAAAUCAUGUGUCACCAUUCCCCAUGAGAAUGUGAGCUCCUUGAGGGCAGGGUCUGUCCUGCUUUUUGUAUUUGUAUAGCCAGUGCUUGGUACACAGUGAGU